AUGCCAAAGCUCAAAGUUUUAAAUUUGGUUCAAUUGCAUCGAUCGUCUUUGCCAUCAUCCCUUCAUCUUUUGAAAAACCUUCGAACACUAUGUUUAGAUGAUAGCACAAUUAACGAUGUUGCUAUUAUUGGAAAGCUAAAGAAACUAAAAGUCCUUAGCUUGAAACAUUCAUUUAUUAAGAAGUUGUCUAAAGAAAUAGGUGAAUUGACUGAACUCAAGUUAUUAGAUUUAAGCAGUUGUAAACAAUUGCAAGUCAUUGUGCCAAAUGUGAUAUCAGAGUUAUUACAAUUGGAAGAAUUUCAUAUAAAGGGAUGCCCUAUUCAGUGGAAGGUUGAUGUACUUAAGGAGUUAAAACUCUUGUCUAAUAUCUCAAGUGUAGAAUUGGAUGUUAGAGAUAACAAGCUUUUGAGGAUGUUGGAAGUUCAAUUUAAUUCUAUCAAGUCACUAGAAGAAUUACAUGGAUUCAAGAACGUUGAACUCUUACAGUUAGCUGAAUUUUCAGAAGAUAAGAACUCUGUUGAGGAUUCAAAAUUUGAUUUGCAGUGCAAUGAAUUGAUGCCUUUGUUUAAUGAAAAGAAUCUUAAAGUCCUAGAUGUCUGGCGUGUGAAUGGGUUAGUUGCGUUAACAACACCUUCAGUGGCUAGAAGCUUGGUGCAGUUAAGAGAAUUGAGAAUAUCAAAUUGUGGAAUGUUGGUUGAAAUAGUAGAGAAUGAGGGAGAUGCAACAAGUAGCAAAAUUGUUUUUGACAAUUUGAAGUUGUUGUCACUUAAAGUGUUAGAAAGUCUCACAUACUUUUGCUCUGGGAAUUACUCUUUCAAUUUCUCAUCAUUAGAAGAAUUAAUUAUAAGAAAAUGUCCCAAAAUGAAGACUUUCUCUCAAGGAAUGUUAAGCACUCCAAAGUUGUACAAAGUCAAUUAUGAGGAAAUGGAAAUAGAAAAUGAAGGGAAUGAUCUUAAAAAAAUCGUAUAUGGAUUGUGCAAAAAGAAAGAUGAGAUCAACUCCCAUUUGGAGGUAUUUGAAUUUCAGAAUGGUUUAGCAGAAAUUACUUGGCAAAAUAAAUCUAAAACUCUUGAAAUCUCUUAUGAUAAGUCAGCAUAUAUUCCACUUGGACCCAUUCAGAGAUUUCACAAACUGAAAAAGCUUCAAUUAAAUGGAUGUAAUUACAAAGAAAUUAAGACGCUAUCGGAUCUUCUAAGUCUUGAAGUUCUAGAUGUAUCUUGGUGUGAAAUGUUGUUGAGUCCAUUGCUAUCUACACCUUCUUUCCAGAAUCUUAAAGUUCUUGCAGUAGAAGGUUGCCAUGGGUUGGUUAACUUAACAACACCUUCAAUAGCUAGAAGUUUGGUGCAAUUGAGAGAAUUGAGAAUAUCAAAUUGUGAAAUGAUGAUUGAAAUAUUAGAAAACGAGGGAGAUGCAGUAUGGAGUAGUGAACAAGUUGUUUUAAAUAAUUUGAACAAGUUGUCACUUGAAUAUUUAGAUGGUCUCUUAUAUUUUUGCUCUAGGAAUUACUCUAUCAAUUUCCCAUCUUUGGAAGAGUUAAUUAUAGAAGAUUGCCCCAAUACGAAGUAUUUUUGCCAAGGAAUGUUAAGCACACCAAUGUUACACAAAGUCAAUUAUGAGAGAAAGGAGGUAGAAAAUGAAGAUAAUGACUUGAAUUCAACCAUACAGAGAGCACACAAAGAAAAGAUUGUGCAAAGUUGUGGGAAAGAUUCCCCGGAUAUUAGACUACAAAGUCAAAUGAUUGUGCAAGGUUAUGGGGAAAAAUUCCCAUGGUAG